AUGACGAAUCAUGUUUACGCCUCGGAUAACGUAGGCGUCAUCCCCGAUCCGAACGUCUUUCCAGUGAUGUUCACAGGGCCCAUAGGGCCAUCAUGCGCACACUUUCACGGGAUUCCCACGCCGUUCUUGCCUGUGGCUCCGAACGCCCUCGUGGCCCCUUACCAAAUAAACUUCGGAGAUUAUAGGAGUUCUGUAGAGGGAUGGAAAGAAAAGGAUAUACAGCGGCGACCGGUUGCUUCGUCGUACAGAAAAAUCGUGCCGGAUACGCGACUGGACCGAGGAAGGCCAUACGGGGCUACCGUUGGCGCACCUCUCAGAGCAGCGUUGUUCAUCGAAUACGCCAGGGCCGAUUUCCGACUCGUUGAAAGCGACCUAGAAGAACUAUUCAGUUACUUCGGAGGGACGUCACGAAUUUACAUAAAACGCUAUGCCGCCGCGGCUGAGAUCACGUUUACCGACGGCGCCCAAGGCCGGGCAGCAAUAGAAGAGCUCAACGGCCUCAACAUACCCAAUGUGGGUACAUUACGUUGCGUUGAACUGCAUAACGGAGACACUCUUGAACGCGCCUUGGCGAAGGCGCACCUACAUGAACAAAGGCAACCCUCCAGACCGUACCAUGCACCUCGCGGAAGCGAUGCGAGACAGACGCAUUCGACCAACAUUGAUACAAAAUGUAAGAGGGUAACGCGCCUGGAACUCAUCGACCUAUUCACUUACGAGCCCGAGUUCAACGUCGCCGCAAACAUCCUGGGACCGAACAACAGCAACAUUAAGUAUAUAAUGCGGAACUGCGGGGGGAAAGUGGAUAUAGAAAUAACAGGAAAACCACUCAACUCAGCACCCGUAUGUGAUCGCCUACACAUAUCCAUGUCAUCGCGGGAAUACCACGCCUACCUAAAGGCACUAGAUAUGUUGGAAGACCUGCUCACCACGGUAUGUGAAAAGUUCGUCGACUUCGUCCGCUCCCGAGGCAAAGUUGUCUCAAAUGUCGUUGGCUUCAAACGCCACGAGUACCAGGAAAUAAAUGGUAACCUCGAAUACAAAGGUGCCACAGAAAAAUGGAAGUCCUGGCUACACAAACGUUGCAGCACCCCUCCGUACAGGAAUGCCCAUGAUACCCGCCUACCCAGUAAAAGGGUCAACGAUCGCAGUCGCGGCAUUUACAGGGUAACCCCCCUUCCCAAGUCAAAUAUGAGGUCCGUCAGAUAA